AUGGCCAAGGUCGUCCGGGGGCGGGAGGCUCCCCUAGCGGAAGCUGUCAUGGCGUGGCUGGAAAACUUUGCGAAUCUGAUGAUCACCGGAGCGAUCUGUACAUACGCAGUGUAUGAUUUCUUCAGGGAUUACAAUGGACAGCAGCAGCGCCAGGGGAGUGAAGCCAGCAGCAGCAGCAGCACCAGCCGGAUCCAGACCACUGUCAGCAACCAAGGGUGGACAACAGUGCAGCACACAGGCCCAGGGUGGCAGUCCACAGUGUACACGUUCGGAGACAGCAGCCCUCCAGGCGUACUGACCCUGCACAAUCUGUUGGGGCCCAGUGGUGAACCCCAGGCCUUUGGCAAUGACGGGGAGGGCCCAUCGGAUCUGCUGCGGCUGCUGCAACACCUGCAGCAGGACCUAAAUUCCCCACAGCUGCAACUGGCUGGAGCAGGAGCGCGCGACUUCACUGAGGCGGACUAUGAGAUGCUGUCAGCGCUGGACCAGGGGAGCAACAGGAGGCGGACGCCCGUGACUGAAGCUGAUGUGGCGGCGCUGCCGACACACAUCCACUGUGCUGCUGCAGAGGGUGUCAAGGGAGCAGAGGAGGGGGAGGAAGUGUGCAGCAUCUGCUUGGACGGCUUUGUGCCGCGGCAGGAGGUGAAGACGCUGCCCUGCAUGCACCACUACCACACAGGGUGCAUCGAGGAAUGGCUGGUGCAGCAGGGGCGCUCUGUGUGCUGUCCUGUCUGCAAGACACCCGUCUUCCAAGGUCAGACUGCUCCAUGGUAG